UCGGGGAGCUCAGUCUGAUGGAGACUCCGGAAAGUCUCGCAUUUCCGCGACAAAACCCAGGCGGCGUUUUUUUCAAAAAUGGACAAUGUUCAUGCUGAGGAUACGUCCACCGAUCGCUUCAUUUCACUCGGAGUUUCACACACAGACACCUGCCAGGUCGCUUUGAUUACUGGCGGUCAGCGUGGCUCGUGAGCGGCUGCACGAGAGACGCCUGGAUUGAACUCCAGUGAGGCCCUGAUGAAGACUGAGGAGCGUGUAAGAAAUGAAGACAAAUGAUGACCUGCAGAUUAAAAACUAUAAUGAACGGACAUAUCAGGGCACUCAACCGCCUGUAGGUGAAGCUUGAACUUUUUUUUUCUUCUUUUCCUGAGAGAAUAAUUUCCCAGCUCCUCGUUCUACAUGCCUUCUCUGCUUCUAUGUCAGUAUGUCACUAUCAGACUGCAAAUAUGGGAGCAACACCCAAAGGGACCACAAUUGCAGCCUCCACGGCUUGCCCAUGCCUGGGAACUAUGGGAAAAGGCCUGUCAGGACGUUUUUUGACUUCAGGCAUCCAAACAUGCCUGAAAAACCGGAUGCUAAGUGGGUACCCCUGUUGUCACUGACUAACCUGCGGAGCAUCUCAAAAAUUAGACUAGUCAGUUUCCUCCUGGGCUUGACACUGAUGUUCCUCAUUAUGGCUUCCUAUAUCCUGCCGUGGGACAAGAAAGGACUUUUGUUCACCCCUGCACCCUAUCAGCUCAGACCUGUGGUCGUCCCGAUGAGCACAGCAACGGCUGACGUUUCCCCUGAAAAGAAUUUAAUAGACAUGAAAGUGCUGGUGAAGAUCAUCGCUUCCAAACUGGAAUACACUCCCAGGAAGGUGCCUGAUGAAAAGGACGUCAUUGAAACGGACUCCCAUUUGUUCUCUGCAAUUCCUCGCCAUUUCCUGCCCAGCAUCAAGAGCCCUUGCUGGUAUGAGGAGUUCUCAGGUGAAAUCAACACUGAUCUGUACAGGAGGAACCUCUUUACUCUGCGCUCAAAGAGCUUCAAGACCAUGUGUGACCACCUGAGGACCGACUUCCACCAGCACUUGUACCACAGAGACGGCAAGCAGUAUCGUCUGCGCUGCUUACCGUACUUCUACAUUAUUGGCCAACCAAAGUGUGGCACAACUGACCUAUUCCACAGACUGUUGCUACAUCCGGAGGUCAAGUUCAACACCAUGAAGGAGCCGCACUGGUGGACCAGGAAACGCUUUGGUUAUAUCCGUUUCAAAGAUGGCUUCCAGGAAAGUUUUCCUGUGGAAGAUUACCUGGAUCUGUUUGACUUGGCAGCCAAAAACAUCCAAGCAGGAAUCAGUGGAAAUUCAUCUGGAGACCACAGCGCACUCCAACUCAUAACAGGUGAAGCCAGUGCAUCCACUAUGUGGGACAACCAGGCCUGGAGCUACCUCCAUGAAAACAGGGAGGAUACAGAGCCCCCGUUCCUGGCUCAGGACUUCAUCCACUCAAUCCAGCCUAGUGCAAAAAUCAUCAUCAUGCUUCGAGAUCCAUCAGAGAGGCUUUAUUCUGACUACUUGUACUUUAAGAUGGCCAACAAGUCAGCAGAAGACUUCCAUCUGAAGGUCGUGGAGUCUGUACAGUUGUUUCAAUCAUGCCUGUCUGAGAGGUCACUUCGUUCUUGUGUCUACAACACCAGCCUCUCCAACGCCAUGCCGGUGAGGCUAAAUUUGGGGAUGUACAUCGUCUUCUUACUGGACUGGCUGACAGUUUUCCAUAGGGAGCAAAUUCUAGUUCUUCGGCUUGAAGACUACGCAGCCAAUCUUAAAGUUACAAUCAAGAAAGUUUUUGAUUUUCUGAGUGUAGGUCCACUGCCGAAGCAGGUGGAGGCAGCACUGACCAAGCGACCCAUGUCUAACACCCGGCGGGUGGCAGACAGGAACCUGGGUCCUAUGCUUCCAGCCACUGGAGACCUCCUCAGGAAAUUUCACCAGCCCUUCAACCAUAAACUUGCCAGUGUGCUGGACAACAAGGCCUUUCUCUGGAGUAACACCUGACCGGGCAUGAGCACGGAUGAACAGUGGAUGGAUGUGAAUGAACAACCAGAGGAAGAAGCUAAAGCGGGAACGCUUAUUGAAAGAAAUGUGGGAAAAGUGGAAAAACACAGGUCUAUAGUUGUAUAUGGAAUUUUAUGAAGUGUAUGGGCUUUGUUUGUUUGGGAUUUGUGAUAUUUAUUUUCAUUUGAAAGAGUCAGUGACUCACCAAAUCAAGAUGAUAAUAAAAUAAACUGAAUUUGU